AUGAAUUAUGUGAGUAAAUGGGUUGAAGCUCUAGCUUGUCCCAAGAAUGAUUCUGCUAUUAAAUUUCUAAAAAGGCAAAUUUUCUCCCGGAUUGGAACACCUAGAGUACUCAAUGGUGAUGGAGGAUCUCAUUUUUGCAAUUUUCAGCUUGCAAAGGUACUCAAGCACUAUGGUGUGAGACACAAGGUUUCUAAUAGGGAAAUAAAGAGGAUUCUAGAAAAGACAGUUGCUUUAUCAAGAAAGGAUUGGUCUAAGAAGUUAGAUGAUGCUCUUUGGGCAUAUCGAACCGCAAUGAAGACAACUAUUGGAUUAUCUCCUUUCCAAAGGGUGUAUGGAAAGGCAUGCCACCUUCCGAUGGAGAUGGAACAUCAAGCUCUAUGGGCCUUAAAAUUCUUGAAUUAUGAUCCUUGUGAUACUGCAGAAAAGAGGAUAAAGCAAAUUAUUGAGCUUGAGGAGAUGCGGCUGCAUGCCUAUGAUUCUUCCAAGAAUUACAAAGAAAAGGUGAAAUUUUAUCAUGACAGGAAGCUGAUAAAAAAAGUCUUUAAUUUAGGACAACGAGUGUUAUUGUUCAAUUCACGACUAAAACUUUUCCAUGGAAAGUUGAAGUCCAAGUGGUCUGGUCCGUUUAUGGUCAAGAAUGUCUUUCCACAUGGAGAAGUUGAGUUGACAGAUCCAUCCUCUGAAGACCCACAAAGAAGUUGGAUAGUCAAUGGACAACGUCUCAAGAAUUAUUUGGGUGGUGAGCUGCAACGCCUUUCCACAGUCAUGGAGUUGGUUGAUCCAAAUUGA